CUUUCUCUUCUCCUCCGUGACGCUUCCUCUUCUUCCUUCUCUUGGUUUGCUCCGUCCAUUGUUUCCUCGCACAAACCUCGACCGCAUUGCGAACUUCUCUGAUUUCUGGCCCUAGCUAUGAUUCACGGCGUCGGCCACCCCGGCCGUCGCGUCCGGUGGGGGCGACGGAGCGUGCGAGCGGGGCGGCGCAGGUGCGGCUGCCCUCCUCCUCCGCUCCCCCUCGUUUGCUAUAAACCCAGCUUUUGUCAGGAACAGCACAAUAGUUGCAGAACAACACAAUAAAUAUGAAACCAUUUUAUUUGCCUUCAUUUCUCAUUUUCUCCCUUCCUUUCCUGGAGCAGUUCCGACUUCCAAGUUCCCAGAACCCUAGCCGCCACAGCAAACUCUACUGCCGUUAAACCCCUAGCCAGACAAGGGGAAGAAGAAGGGGAGUAGGAAACACAAUGAAGAUUGGAUCGGCGGCUCCCCUUCCCUCCCCCGUCGCCGAUGAUCCAAACACACGGAGGGAAGAAGAGGUGGAAGAAGGGAUGGAACUCUUCAGAGCUAGUAAGGGCGCACUGCGAAGACUUACUCCUGUGUUGUUGAACGUUUAUGCUGAACGCGGGGAAAUGUUUAGGAGGGUCGGUGAAAUCCCGUCGCCACCACCGAGUUAGUCGAUUAUCCAGAGUAUUUCGAGAGAGCUUGGGGAUGGGAUACCUUACUUCCAGUCGAUCUGGUUACUCCUUUAUGGAUAUACAAUAUAUACCUCCGGCAGUAUUACAUCCGCAAUCAUCAAAGGGAAGGCAAUGCUGCUGGUGCCGAUGAUCUCAGUCUCGAUGGAGAUGAUCAUGGGAAUGGCCUGCUAGCAGCUCUGGCCAACAAGUGUAUCAAGAUGGAGGAUAAUCUUCAACUUCAAUGGAAAUGCCGUGCUAAAUCCUUCACUAUCGAUGGUGAUGAGAACGAUGUCUCAUUGGUGAGUCACAAAAUCACCAAGCACACUCGUGAAAUGGCUCAAGUUUCGGGAUCUGAAUUUCCUACUGCUGCUAUCGCCCUUAAGUGUAUCACCAAAGAGGCUGAGCUGAUGUGCCAGUGUAUUAUUACUGGGGAUCGCGUCGUGUCCUUCGCUAUAAGCAAUGCUGUCCGGCGGCGUGCCUUGAUCUUAAUGACCUGCACAGAUUAUGUUCCUGCCACCGCUGCCAUGAUGGGCAUCAUGAAAGAGGCUGAGUCGCUGAUUGGUUUGCUGAAGGGAGAUCAAGUGAAAAACAAUGCAAGGAUGAUGUGUACCGAUCAUCUCCGGCAUCGUACCUUGUUUAUUAUGUCGGAGUUGUGUGAUGAAUGUUCUGAUGUUGUAGAGCCUACUGUGGGUGACAUUACUGGAGAUUUGAAUUCCAAUGAAUCAGAUAAUAAACUGGCUGAUAAUGGCAAUCAUGGGGAAAGGGGCAAUGUGACUGAAAAUAAGGACUCCACGAAGGAACUAGCAAGAAAUGACAUGGAUGAAAGCAACAAGACAGAUGAAAAUCAGAACCCCAAUGAGAAACUAGGAAGAAACAGCCUGGAGAAGGGUGAGGUGAAGCCAGAAACCAAGGCUAGUACAGAAAAACAAGUUGACCUGGUGGGAAGCAGCAAUGAGGGCGAUAGUUCCACUUCUGAGGAGAAUAAGCUGAAAGAUGUGUUGAAAGAGCAGAGCAGUCCCCUCCCUGUAUGUGAAGAACAGAGCAGUCCCCUGUAUGGAAAAGCUGGUGGGCACAAAAAGUGGUUUUCAGGAUGCUUUAAUUUUGCGAAACGACGAGGGAACACCGAUGGAACAGCAAGCUAAUGAAUAAUGAUGCCGAAUUCUCAUCUAAUAGAUGAACUUCUUUAUUUUGCUGCAUUGGCGUAGCUCUUAUUAUGGACAAUCUGUGAUUAGUUCUCUAGACUAUUUUCUCAUAAGAGGAAAAUGAAAUGUGUUGAUGCUAUGAUGAUGAAAUUUUGGCACGUUGCAAACAUUAUCUAGUUUGGAUAAACUGUGUUCAAAUUUCUACAGUUUGUUGCUGCA